UUGUAGAUCGAUUCUGCCCAUAAAUUCAAGCAUUAAGUGGGUAUUAUUAGUACUAUCUUUAUUGAUUAAGGCUUAUUCCCAUUUAGUUACGAAAAUGGUCGGUGACUAGUAAACUUUACAAAAAAAAAAAAAACUUUGCCAGAUCAUUUUAUUAACUGGCCCCUGGACAGCCACCAUUUUCAAACAGUCACACUUUAAAAGUCAAUCAUCAAAAGAUUGUGAAUUACACUAAUAAUCACGGAGAGUUAUUUGAUCAAAGCUCAGUGUAUGAAAAUAUUUGACCUUUGACUUUAUUCUAGGUAUGACGUAGCACAUCCUUCUCAGAAAUCACGUGACCUGAAAGGUUUGACCUGACGCGAGCCCAUCAUCAGCACCCUGGAUCACUGCUUUCGUUGAGUUUGUAUGCGGUCAGAAGCGACAUCAUGAGGAACGAUUCUUUCCUUCUGUGUAUUUUAUUACUCGUGUACGGAGUGUUUGGUGCUGAUGUAGAUGAAGUGCCAGUGUCAGUGAUUGAGGGAGAUUCUGUCACUCUAAUAUACAAUGUUACUGAAAUACAGAGAGAUGAUAAGAAAGUAUGGAUGUUUGAAAAAAAAGAUAUCAUAGCUCAAAUCGAAGGGGGGAAAAUCUCAAUACAUGAUUUUUCUGAUGGGAGAUUUAGAGAAAGACUCGAGCUGGACAGUAACGGCUUUCUCACCAUCAAGAACAUAAAAAAACAACACGGAGGACUUUAUAAACUAGACAUCAGUGGCAUAUAUGAGACAUCCAAGAGCUUCAGGGUUACUGUUCGCGACAAAGAUAAUGUGGAGUCAGUGUCAGUGAUAGAGGGAGAUUCUGUCACUCUAAACACUGGUGUUACUGAAAUACAGAGAGAUGAUCAGAUACUGUGGAAGUUUGGAGAUCAAGGCGCCCUCAUUGCUCGCUUAAACGGCCCUGUUGACGCAAGGAUGAAAAACAUUCAUCUGAAUGAUCAGACCGGAGACCUCAACAUCAGAGACAUCCAAAGAGAUCAGUACGGAAAUUAUAAAGUGGAGAUCAACACCAGCAGAAUGAUCUUACACAGAAAAUUCCAUAUUAGGCCUACUGUUGAGGCUAUGAAGACAGUAUCAGUAAAGGAGGGAGAAUCUGUCACUCUACGCACUGGUCUUAUUGAAAUACAGAAAUAUGAUCUGAUAUUGUGGAAGUUUGAAGACCAUCUCAUUGCUGAAAUCAAUAAAAGGACCAAUCAGUUCAUAUUAGAAGACAGCAGAGAUGAGAGAUUCAAAGGCAGACUGCAGCUAAAUGAAAAAUCUGGAUCUCUCACCAUCAGUGACUCUGAAACCACAGACUCUGGAGAUUAUCAUCUGAACAUGAGCAGAAGCACACACACCUUACAGAGGAACAUUGGUGUUACUGUCAAGGCUUUUAAAACAGAAAACCGCACUGAAGAUUCAGGUCUUCACCCAGGUUAUGUGGGACUGAUAUGUGUUUUUGUUUUGCUGUUGCUUGUGGCUGUUGGUUUUGUGAUUUACCGUCGCUGCAGGAUGUUAAAGUUCAGGAUUGACACUAAAAUCAAUUCUGUGUUUGCUUCCAGCAAAGACGUCGUCUAAUCACAGUGUCCAAUGUGCAGACUUCAGUGAAGAUGAAGGGAAAAAUCUCAGGAUCCAGAAUAAUUAAGAGUAACCCAACUGCAACAGUGCUUAACCUCUGUAAUAAUACAAAUGUGAGCUAAACUGUAUAAAUUAACAAGAGCUGUAUUUGGUAGAAACAGAGAAGCAAGGUUUGUUUGAUGUAAUAGUUUGUAUUACAUUUAAAAAAAAAACAGUUUACAGAUCCUUGACUCAUCCAGUGUAAUGCUGAGCACUACUUUUAGUAUGAGAACUUUGUUUUUAUUACUUUUUAAUUCUACACAUUUUUCUAGAUUUUUUUAUUUACUGUUUUGUUUAUUGAUCAUUUUUACAGAUAAUUUUUUUUUUUUUUUUUUUUUUUUUUUUUUACUGUUUUGUAUUUUGUUUGGGGAACUAAAUCUUACGGUUUUGUUUAAGUUGUGAAUCUGUAAUCCUAAAUAUGAACUGAAUGUUCAGAUAAAUAGUUGUACUGUCUGAUCAUUUCUGCUGAACAAACGCUUUUGAAAUAAACCAGUCAAGAAAAUGAAGCUAAUAUUCAUCCAGCCUUCAGCUAAAUAUGCACUGUAUAUGAAUGAGCAUAAUAAAAAAAAAAGCAUAAUUCAGAUGCUGUAUUCUUGUGCUAAGGUUA